GAGACCAACUAGUGUUUGUACCAAAAAAAGACAGUAUCUAGUGUUGUUUAUUCCCAUUCCAAAUAGAGUGCAUCAACUCCGGAAGAAAGACAGACCACCCUUCUGUCCUUCCUCCUUUCUUCUCCAUCUCACCUUUUUGAGUUGACCUCUUCCAAUAAUAGAAUUCUCCAUUCUCCAUUUCCUAUUUUUAUCUUUCCCAUCCCAAAACCCUAUUUCAUUCUCUGUCCUUUUUCCCCUUUUCAGUUAAACGGUUAAAAAAACCUUCUUUUUCUUCUCUGUCAACAAAAAAAAAAACCAUCUUCACCCAAUUUCGUUUUCCCUUCAAAUUUCACUUUUUUUCCAUCUGGGUCGUUCCCAAUUCCAUCAAAACCUAAAAGGGUGUAAUCAAAAUUCGAAAUUUGAAGCUUUUGUUAUAUGGAUCAAAACGAAGAAGCGAUUGCGAAGAGCGAAAACUCGUUAAGCUUUUCACCGAUAAAGAGUCACCGAUCGUGGCUUGAAGUUCGUCUCUUCUACGUUCGAAUUUCGCCUUGCGUAAUCGACAGCGCUCCCGAAUGCUUAACCCUAUGUUACCCGAAACGCGAAGUUGGUUUCUCUCUUGUGAUCAACGGUUCGUCGAUUCCUGCAAUUGAUUCCGCUCCGCCGCUUCCUCUCCGCCGUGACCGUGUCGACAAGGAGUCUGCGGAGGUUACAUACGUCAGCACGGAUAAUGUGAGGAUCACCGGUGGUGCGGAGUUUGAGGUGUAUGAGAAGGAUGGGUUGUUUCUUUGUGGGUCGUUGGAACGGUUGGAUACUGAUUGGGGGAAUGGGUCGGGUUGGGAGAUGGAUUGUCAUGUGGCGGCGGGGUCGAUUGGGUUGGGUUCCUCGGCGUUUUUUCGGCCGAAGCUCGGGGUUUCGGCUCCGUCGGUUGAGGUUUAUGUGGCGGGGUGUUGUUCGGGUGUGCCUGUGAUUUUGAGUAAGACGAUUUCGAUGAGUCCGAGGAGGAGGGUUCCUAGGCAUGCUAUUUUGGAUGCUAUUCCUGAAGAUGAGGAGAUGAAUGUUAUAGAGAAGGAUCAUGGUAAUGGUAAUAGUAUGAAUGGAUUGAUUCCACACCCUAAAUUGCAGAUAACGGGGUCUGCAGGGUCAGAAGUUGAUGAUUAUGAUCUUGAAGGAAAGAUGGCGAAUGGUUUCUACUCUCAAGAAAUGUAUCUUGGCGAAGACGGACAACUCACAUGGUUCAAUGCAGGUGUUAGAGUUGGUGUUGGUAUUGGCCUUGGGAUGUGCGUAGGGAUUGGGAUCGGAGUUGGACUACUCAUGCGCUCAUACCAAACAACAACCAAAAAUUUUAGGAGGAGAUUUUUCUAAUCGAUUAUAACGAAUUUGCUGCUCUCUAUCAACAAGAAACCAAAAAAGAUAUACUGGAGUUGGAUCAACAACAACUUGAAUGCAUGAAUCGUGAGUGAAAGGCUAUGCAUGCAUCGUUUAGUUUUCGUAGGUUUGGUGCAUUCGCUCAUGCUUUCAUGUAUCGAAGUGCUGUUAUGCAUCCUAUGUAUCAAGUAGGCUUGAAGUUUGCAUUUUAUAGAAGAUUUAUCUGAUCCUCCAACAACAACAAUAGGUGUGAAUGAAAAGGUUUGAGGAUGGAUAAUGUGGUUUGUGCCAGCAGGAACAAGUGUUCAAUGGCCAGCUUCAAGUUUGAGAGAGGUUUUAAAUGUGAAAUUGUACUGAUGUUUUACUGUUCCUUUGCCUGUAGAUUUUUUAUCAUUUUUAUGCAAAUUUUGAUAUGUAUAUAUUUUUUUC